AUUAAAUAUUGAAAAUAAUCGUCAGUCAGUGGACAAAGUAAAAACACUGCUCGAUAUCAAAAAUAAAAGAUAAGUGAGACGUGAAAAAAUAGGAGAUUCAUCAGAAAUUCGUGAUCAUAAGAAAGUUUAAUUAAAUUAUAAAGAACAACAAUUAAUUAUUAAAAACGUCAUGAGAUUUUCAUCAAUUUUAUGUGCUACGCUGCUGAUAUCAUGUAUCGCAAGUGUAAGUUAUUGCUUCGAAGAGGACAAUGAAUUUGCAGAUUUCGAGUUUGAGGAAGAUCAGCUAGAGAUUAAAGUCGAACAAAGGCAAAAUGAGCCACAAAAGGUUGAAAAAGUAGUGGUAGAUGAAAAUACUGAAUCAUUUAAUGACAUUGAUGACGGAAUUGUUGAGGAUGAAUUCGAUCAAGACGAAUUUGAAGGAUUUGGUGGAGAUGUUGAUAUGGAAGAAAACAAAAAUUUCAAUUCCAAAAAACAAGCCGAGCCAAAAUUAAACAUAGUUAACAAAAUUCCAUAUAAUCGUGUAUUAUGGCACAACUAUUGGAUAGAACUUUUAUUCAUCUGUGGUCUUGUCGUAUAUUUCAUUAAUUAUACAAUGGGAAAGAAUAAGAAUAUUAAAAUUGCAAAUGCAUGGCUAUUGUCACAUCGUUCCUUCCUUGAAGAUAACUUCGCAUUAGUUGGUGACGAUACGAAAAAAGAUGAAUCUACUCCCGGUUUCAUCAAGGAAUCUGAUUCUAUUUAUAGCUUGUGGUGCUCAGGUCGUACUUUAGUCGAAGGAAUGCUCGUUGAGCUUAAGCUGAUUAAACGUCAGGAUUUGUUAUCGAUAACAAUGGGACAUCUCUUAUUCGGCAAAAAGAACGCAGACCAAGUACAAAUCAAAGUUGAAUUGAGCAAAGACUCGAUGGAUACUUUUGUAAUGGCUAUUUGUUCAAAGAAAAGCGCUAGCCGUCUCUUUAAAGAGUUAACUGAUUUAAAGCAGUUCUGUGUUAGCGUUGCGAAGAGUGAAGAUAAAUAUAACUUACCAAAUGGAUUUUCCGUACUAUCUGAGAUUGCAGAAGCUACUUCUGCAGUCAUUGACUCACGUUUACUUGCCAUAUUGUCAAAAUAUAGCAACUCGAUUGAAUCUAUUCAUAUUUCUGAUCAGUAUUCUGGUCUAGCCAUUCAGGAUCAAGAUACUCAACAAGCUGUUAAACCCGAAAUGAAGAAAAUGCUUAUUAUUACAUAUACAUUUACGGAUAAGACUGACAUGGAAGAAUUAAAGCCAAUAAUGCAACUAGUCAUAUAUUUGAUUGAAAAAUUAAAGCGAUACAAGCUAUCAAGAGAGGGCAAAUUGAAAGCUGAUAAAAAUCGUCAACGCGUCGAAGAAGAAUUUUUGAAAAACACACAUCAAACAAGAAUGGAAGCAGCAGCAUUGAAAAAGGAAGAAAGGAGAAAGGCUGACAAGGAAAAGCUCAUGAACGAGGAUAAUGUUGAGAAACAGCUCCGAAUGGAAAAGAAGAUGAAGCGUAAAGAUGCUAAAAAGUCUAUGCCCAAAAUGAAGAGCAUGAAUAUUCAUUUGUAAUCAUUUUCGUUGAAACAUCAAUGAUUAAUGUAAGGUGAAUCUUUAUUUGAAGCAAUAAAAGGCUUCCAUCACGUUAUAUAAUAUAGUCAUAUAACUUCUUUGAUUUCAAUUGAUUUUUUUUAUUAUUUACAAAUAUUAUAUUUCCUACUUGACAUUUUUCUUUUUGUGACUUUUCUUAAUCUUUUUCGUAACUUCAUUAUUGCCGAUUCCUUUUUUCGUAAGGUUUUCUAUAAAGUUGCUAUCCGUGUUUUCCAUUGCUUUCUUCUCUUUGCUUAAGUCCACACAUU